UAGUAGUGAUUGAGAAAAUGUUAAAGCUAGUGGUCCUCUUGGUUUUAAUAGCUUUGGCUAAUUCGUGCCCUAGAGAACCGACGAUAUACCAAUCAAAAACCAAUAAAUUACCUGGGGAUAAUGGGUACAACAUCAAAAUCAACGAAAAUCCCGACAAAUAUGUACCAGGGAAAUUAUAUACACUGUACUUAAUGGGUUCAAGAACGUUCCAAAAAGUGCAAAGGUUCACGAGGUUUGUGAUUAAUGUGGAAUCGACGAAUAAUCCAAACAAUAUAUCGCCACAAAAUGUGGGAAGUUUUCAGCUGUAUGGCGAUAAUUUAUCCAAGUUUAAGGAGGAGUGCGUUAAUACUAUUUAUGAAGCCAACGUAUUGCCAAAAACAGAGGUUUUCUUUAUGUGGUCAGCUCCACCACCAGGAAGUGGAUGUGUCACAUUUAGAGCCAUGGUUUUUGAAGAUUCAAACAAUUGGUACUCGGACGAUGGUGCUUUGAGCAAAACAUUCUGUGAACAAACAGAAAAAGAUUUGAAAUUCGAUGAAAACGACUGCUGUGCCUGUGAUGAGGCUAAAUAUAGUAUGGUUUUUGAAGGCUUAUGGUCGAAUAUAACCCAUCCGAAAGAUUUCCCAUUGUCACUAUGGUUGACGCACUUCUCCGAUAUAAUCGGAGCUUCUCACGAGAGGAACUUCACCUUUUGGGGCGAGGAGCAGAUAGCCUCAGAAGGUUUUAGAAGCCUUGCUGAGUGGGGGUCUGUCAGACUUAUGGAAACAGAAUUAAAAGCGAAAGCAAAAUUUUUGCGCACCAUUAUCAAAGCCCCUGGUUUAUGGUACCCAAAUGUUAAUACUAAUACCUCAACGAGUUUCAAAGUUGAUAGAAGGCAUCACUUGAUUUCUUUAGCUUCAAUGUUCGGACCCACCCCGGACUGGGUAGUCGGUGUUAGUGGUUUAAACUUAUGCGAGAGAUCCUGCACUUGGAAAGAAAAUCUAGUUGUGGAUCUGUUCCCUUACGACGCUGGUACUGACAGUGGGAUAACCUAUAUGUCUCCAAACGCAGAAACUAACCCAAAAGAAAGGAUGUAUAGAAUCACCACGACCUAUCCGGAAGACCCCAGGGCUCCGUUCUACGACCCAACCAAGAAAGAAAUGCUACCUUUAGCAAAACUGUACUUGAGACGAGAAAAAGUUAUUCCAAAAAAUUGCGAUGAUAACUUUUUGAAUGCUAUUUUGGAUGUCAGUGACAAUACUGAGGACACAUCAAGAGCUGAGUGUGCAGUAACCGAAUAUUCCGAUUGGACAGAGUGUUCAGUAACAUGCGGCAAAGGCAUUAGAAUGAGACAAAGAGAGUAUAGAAUGCCGCAAAAAGCACAGAUGUUUGAGUGCAAGAGACAACUAGUUUCAAAGGAAAUGUGUGUCGCCAAAGUACCAGAAUGUUCAGGUGGGGAAAAUGAUAGAUCCGACGAGAUAGACGACAAAAUCGAAGACUUGCCUGAAGACGGAAUCUGCUCUACAACCCCAUGGGGACCAUGGUCGGAAUGCUCGGAAUCCUGCGGUAUAGGCUUCAAAAUGCGCACUAGAUUGUUCCUCGAUAAAAUGGGCAUGAAGAAAUGCCCGCACAUCAUCACAGUAGAAAAGGAGAAAUGCAUGGGUCCCACUUGUACUGCCAAGCAACAACAAGAAGCGGAAGUGGCAGAUCCGAUGUGUCCAACCACUUCGUGGAGCGAUUGGUCGCCCUGCAGCGCCUCUUGCGGGAACGGCGUGAAGUUCAGGACGAGGUUGUUGCUCGUGGAUCCCAAUUUGCAGCAGAAAUGCAGCGCUAGGAUCGAGUUGAUGCAACAAACGCCUUGCUCUGUUUCGUCAGAUUGUACCUUUGAUAUGGCUACAGCCAAAGUGGUAUGCAUGCAACCCAGUGAUUUCGGACUUUGCCAGGGUUACUUUAGCAGAUGGUAUUUUGACACCACAAAACUAAAAUGCCUUCCUUUCGUCUAUGGAGGGUGCCGUGGUAACAGAAACAACUUUUUGACAGUCGACGAAUGUAACAACCAAUGUGGAGUGGUACGAGAUGCCCUUAGAGGUCUGCCGUCGUCUCCAGCUUCACAAGCCGCAGCUGAAGCAUUGCCAGCUGUUGAUUGCAUGGUGUCAGAGUGGAGUCCAUGGAGUCCUUGCAGCGCGUCCUGCGGAAUCAGCUACAGCAGGAGGUUCAGGAUGAUUAAGAGGCCCGCUCAAAAUGGCGGAAAAGCUUGUCCCAAAGUUUUGGAGAAGAAACAUAGAUGCAAUGGACCACCGUGUUUAUAGAUAAACUAUACUCUUGAUAGUUUGGUUUAUAUACAAAAACAUUAGCCAAACAGAGGUGAGAUGUAAUCUGUUAAUAAAUGAAUAAAUACAUACCUUUUCCUGUAUUUUUUCUGAAAGGUUCAAGGUAUAGAAAAACUUCCCAUUAAUAAAGAAAACUAAGUAUUUUAUUUGAUAACCUUAUAAAUUACAACAAAACGGUACUUAUGUACAUAAAAAUUAUAUGGCGAAGUUUGUACUAUGAUUUCUUACCCAUGUUGCUUCUAUAAUGUAUAUCACAUGUAUAGGUAACAUAAAAUAUAAAAUAGAUCAUUAUAAAAGCUUACAAAACAGUAAAUCACAUUUUAAUGCCUAAUUUAAAUAAUAUAUACAGUAAACUUAUGUUAUAAUAUGUGUUUGAACUGACAAUCUUUGUCUCUACAAUUCCCAUCUACUUCGUAUGGACAGAUUAUGGCGAGUGGGUCAAAAGUUUCGACUCUGAAAAAUAAGUGAGUUAGGGGUAAAUACUUAGACUAAAGAGUGGGGAGACAGAGCUUUAGUUUUUAUGAUUUCAAAUAAUAAAAUAUGUUUGCUCCAUCUCCUCUCUCUUAAAUCCAAGGUCCAAAAAACCUAAAACGAACCUUUUGGAAUCUAAAGGUGAUAUAUACUUGGCCAGAGUGGUCUCCACAAUUGGCAAUUUUUUUAUUUCUAAUAUUUUGUGAAUAUCGUUGGGAUCGCCAAAAUUAAUCGUUUCUUCCACCAUUGAAACCGGACUUUUUACGGCCGGCAGCGGUAUUUCCGGUAUUUCUACGACUAACGGUGUCUUAGGUCUGGGAGGAAGAAGAAUAGUUGGGUUGGGUGGUAAUUUUUUGAUUUUGCUAAAAAUUAGUUUAGUUUGUUUUUGGAAGAAAUAUUAAAGUAUUAGUUGUUGAUUGUUAACAAAGUCAAAGAUUUGUCAAAAGACACUGUUCUGCUUUUGAAAAAUUUAAACCUUUCUGAGCACCCUGUACAUUUGAUUAAAGUUUUUUUUAUGGGAAUAUCGUUUUUUUAUACAAGCAGAACUUUAUGAAGGUUGAAGUUUUUUCGUAAAACGCAUAAUAAAAAGUUUUUACUAUGGGCAACCCAAUCCGGAACAAACAGAAAAAAAUUGGACUACAAGGUUUGUCAACAAUACAUUUAAAGCAUAAGAAAUACACAUAAUUUUUAAGUAAAGCUUCAAAUUGCUUUUUUACGGCUCAAAUACGACCAUUUUUAACAAAGAUACAGCUAUCCGAAGAAUCGCAAAACAAUUUUUUUUAUCUUUCAAUUUUUUGUAUUGGUGUAGAAGUUUUACAUUUACUGGUUUCUAAUGUGGAAACUACCAAAUAAUAAGAAAUCAGAUUUUUUAGUCUCAGUCAAAAUUUUUUAUAAUGAAAAAUUUAAUAUAUUCUACAUUUCACUUUAUUAUUAAUAUAUAUUUUACUCAAAAUAUCAUUUUGAAAAAAAAGCCGUUUUUUUUCUAGGUUUUUUUUCAUGUUUUUUUACAUCAAUGCUUUUAAUAAUUCUUAAUGCUCUUUGCAUUUAGACGACUCAUUUGUUAUAUGACUUUUACUGAAUUUAAAUGUUUACAGUUAUCAUUAAUAAAUAGUUAUUUAUGUAUCAAGGCAGUAAAGUCGUAUUUUUUAUCACGAAUGUGGAAAUUUUUAAAUGUGGAAACAUUUAAUAAAACUAAUAAUUAAUAUUGAUAAUUAAAUCAAAUGUAAUUUGAUGAUGAAAUCAAAUGUCAUUCGAAUGAUAUUAUUUUUAUUAAAGAACAUUUUAUGAAAGGGUCCAAUUGACCUACGCGAUGGUGCUUUUAAAAAAAUAUUAUUUAGUUGCUGCUGAGGAGCAGUAGACACAUCUUAAAAUGUAUAAUGCGUUGCAUAUAAUACUCAUAUUAAAUCAGCAGUAAAGUCCUACUUUACUGCCGAUUUCUUUUACUUUACUGCCGAUUGUGGACUACUUUACUGCCGAUUUCGGAUAAAUGUUAUUUAUUAUAUCAAUUGUACAAUUUAUAUUUGGGCCUGUAUGCAAUUUAUUUCUUCAUUCGGAUUCCCACUGUUUAUUGGUAAAUAUUUUUAACAUUUUCCGGUUUAUUCUCAAAAACACUGGUUUGUAACAUAGGUACGCGUUUGACAGCUGCUUAUUAAAAGUUAUACUUUUGGUACUAUGGUGGCGCUACUAGCGAUGCUUCUUUAGAGUUAAAACUUCUUGAUCUUUUUUUGUGUACUCGGUUGCAUAUAAAAUUACCGUUAAGUGCGUUGCUUUAAAUAUGAAAGUUGUUGUAAAAAAUGUGUCAAAAAUUGCUUACAAAAACAAAAUGGUAUCAAAUGUACUUAGUACUUUAAAAUAUUCUUAGAAAAAAAAAAUCAAAUUUGCAGAACAGUGAAAUCAUCAAAACCGAGUAAAACCAAAGCAAAAAAACCUCAAACCUUGAAUCAAAUUUUUGCUUUUUGCCGACCAGGUCUUGCACGUUGAGGCAAACAAUCUGCUGCGACUGUUCCAGCUUCCUUUUCGCCGCGUUCAGCUCCAACAUCAGCUCCUUGACGCGUUUCUCGUGCUUUUUCCGUUCGUUAAUGGCCGCGAAAAUUUUCGCCACCGCCGGCUUCAGCUGCGCGUAACUCUCCUGUAUCUGUAAUCUGGGUUGCAUACGCUAUGUUGUAAGAUUUGUCUCGGGGAUUCACCCGAAUCCAAAACAAGGUUUUGUCUAUGUUUUCUCGCAUUUAUUUGUUAGUUAUGAGAUUUGUAUACAUUUUUUAGCGGUACAUGCAUUUUUUACGUUAUUAAUAAUUAGAAGUAAUUAUAUUUGAGAGAAAAGAUUUUUAAGCUAAAAUGAUUUAUCUGACAAAAAUUUUAAAUUUUGUAAAAAACUUUGUGGUUUGUAAUAGAAACUUCUAUAGGAGGCAUAAAUAAAAUUGGAUACUCUAUAAAAUGCUCCAUUUAAAAAUUUAAAAAAAAUAAUAUUACAACUUCUAAAAAUUAAUUUAAUUAUUAAAUACCUUCCAUUCUUUUCGACCUGCAUCUCCUUGUAAACUCCUUUGAAGACAUUAAGAUCCUUUUUAUAAUCCCAAACUCUAUUGUCACUUUUAGGUGUAUUGACUUUAUUUACAACUUUAUUUGGAACAACUUUUUCAGCAGUCAAAUUAUUUUUACCAACUCUAUUUGGAGUGGUUUCGAGUAAUUUUUUCUUUACUGCAGGUUUAAUUUUAUUAUUUGCUAUCGCCAGUUUUUGCAGUAAUUCUUGGUACUCGAUUUGUUUAUCUUUUGGUAGUAAUUUUACAGCUGACUUAGCAGUGCCAUUAUUUGGCUUAUUUUUUAAAACUGGGGUGCUAACUUUGGCGCUUUUGGCCUCGACUUGAGCUCUUUGCUCUUUCAAAAAUUUAUCUACAGUACUUUGGAUGUCAUUUAUGUUUGUGGUUUCUUCCUCUGUAUCUGAGUCGUUGUUGAUGUUUAUUAUAAGUGGUUUAACAAUUGGCAUUGUUGGUAGAGGUUUUGUAGUUAUUUUUCUCACAACUUUGUAGUUAUUUAUAGAUUUGAUUGGUUUUGGGGCAUUCUCAGUCUUUUUCUCAAUUUUCACUACUUUUUCUACGGGUUUAGCGAUUUUUUGUGACAUAGAAGCCAACAAAUUCGCCCGAAGGAUAUCUUCAUCGUCUUCCUGAGUUAAAUUUGUAUCUUCCACGUUUUUAUCGUUAUUUUCCUUGUUGGUUUCGGAAACAGCAGAAUUAUCCGAUAUAUUGCCUUCAUCUUUGAGUUUUUUCUUUUUCUUGUGGUUGUAUUUGUUUAAAAUCGCUGUUCGUAACGCCUCACUCCUUAAAACCAUCAACUCAUUAUCUAUUUUUUCUGGAUUGUCAUUGAUUUUGAUGGCCUCUUCCGACUUAUCUACACCCCCCAAAUUCUGCAUUAUUUUCAGCCUCGUUUUCAAGCUGUUAACGUGCCACUCUUCCUUCUCUAUGCACACCGUAGCCUUCAGUUGCUUCUUGAGCACCUUGUGGUCGAGCACAAAUCUAUCACUGUCCGAAUCGUCGCUGAUGGACUUUUUCCUGGACUUUUUCCGCCUCUUCGACGAUUCGGAUUUCCUGCGACGUUUCACUACCCGCAUCUCCCCGUCGCUGAUGCUGCUUAAAGAAAGACCCCGUAAAUGUCGCUUAGAUGUUGUCAACUUACCAUUCUGGAUGGGUAAAGUUAGCGAAUUGUCGGAUAUGUCUUCGAAAUCGUCGUCGACGAUUUCGCCCUCUUCCCGUUCGUCCGAACCGAGCGUCACGUCGAUCGUUUCCAUUUUAUCGCGAUAAAGUGAAACUUUCUCGCCCUUUUCGUAAGAAAUAAGUCAACUGUCAUAAGAGGUGCCAACUGAAAUUAAACAAAGAACAUCACACGAGUUUACCGAAUUCACCUAAUUUCAGUAGUUACUGAGAAUAUUAGUGGUUAAAUUUGUUUAAAAUGACUUAAAAUGCACAGAAAUAUUUAAGAAUUUCGCAAAUAAUAACGAUUUAUAAAAUAAAACACAUGUUAACAGUAUCUUUUAG